CCAAAAUGUAUCUUCAUGCAUUUUUUUGUAUUUCAGACCCUGAGGUUUCCUUCGGAUAGUGAAAAAGACAUCCCUUUCUAUCUGGAUGGUGAUCUUACAUUCAUAACUAAGUCUAGAAAAAGCUCUGUAAAUGGAGAAAAGGUUGGAAUACAAACUGUAGCUGGAAUAGAGGUUGGAGCCGGAACUAAACUACAGACUGGAGCUGGAACUGGAGCUAGACCCAGAUGUCAAUACGGAAGCUUGGAAAGAUAUCCACAGCAGCAGCAGCAGAAAAUUAGUAUGAGACUUACUGAACCCAGAACCAUCGGUAGAAUACCUGUUGUGCGAUCAGCUAUGAAAGCAAAUGAGGAACAUCAGUCCCAGAAGUCUGAAAUAGGGGAAAACAUUUACCUGACAAGUAGCCCCGGGGGAUUCUCAGUUACAGACCUGACUCCGCCUCCCAGCAACUUUUGUGAUGAUGUAAAAUUCAAAAGUGAUCUCUACACUGAACUUUCAGAGCCAGAUAUUUGUAAUUUGACCCUUAAUACAGAUCCUUGUAUGAGAACAGAACCGAUGUAUUUAGACUCUCUGAGAAAAGAUACAAUUACUGAAAAUGAAAUUGAGACGAUGCCAAGUAAUUCCCCUUUCUUCAGUACAUACACCAAUGUGAAACUAGAAAAACAGACACAUGAGUCAGACUUCUAUAUACCUAUUCGUGAUAUUUUGAAUACAACAGAAGAGAAUGUUCAAGGUUUAGGAGCAACGUUUGUUACCUUUACCGGAGGAAACCUGGAGAAAAGUGGUGAUUCAAGAAUUGUCAACGCAACACGAUUAUAGAUUUUAGACACGAAACCUUAACAUUUUAUUAGUAAUAUCAAGCUUAUCAAAAGUUGUUUAAGAUGCGAAAUGUUUUUUGAAAUUGUUCUUAACAUUCAGUUUUUAAUUUGAACAAAAUAUUAUUAAUUUUGUGAAAUUUUUAUAAUGUCUUUUUUUCUAAAUGUGCAUACAAGAUCGUCAACAUAAAGUUUGACUUUCUUUAAGCUUUUCAAAAUAAAAUAAAAACGAGAUAAAGCAAAUUCUUGAAACGUUUAAAAACGUUUAAAAUUAUAAAAUACAUCGAAAUCCACACUGCAUUGUUAUGUAUCAUUCUCUACAAAAAAAAAACUUG